CGUUAACACGGAAGUGGGUUCUCUGUGUUCCCAUUCAUGACCAGACAUGGCUGUGCUGUUGGAGGUUACAGUUUUCAGAUUGGACCGCUUUCUUCCAUAGACCGAGCAGAGCCGAGGAGACUACUCACGCUUGUUCAUCCCGCAUAGGGCCGAGUGAUGACGGAGAAAGGUCGCCGCGGCCCCGCCGCCCGGGCGGUGCUCCAGCAGUGUCUGCGGGCCACACUGCAGGUGGAACCCGCAGAGGAACACUCCGAGGCCCGGUUCGUCCAGAUUGACAGAGGAAUGGUGAUCUACGUCUGUUUCUUUAAAGGCGCCACAGACGACAUCCUGCCCAAGAUGGUGUCCACGCUGUUAAACCUGCGGCUGUGUGAGUCCGACUCGGGGAAGAUGGUGUCGGUGUUGGAGCUCCCCGGCAGCCUGCUGAUCGUCCCCCAGGCCACGCUGGGCGGGAGGGCCAAAGGCCGGGCCAUGCAGUACCACGACAACAUCAGCAAAGAGGACGGCCUGCGGCUCUACGCCGCCUUGGUUUCUCUGUGCGAGAAGGAGCUGACGGCCGCUGCUUCCGCUGACGUGACGGUGAAACACGGGACGUACGGAAACAGACAAGUGCUGAAACUCGACACCAACGGACCAUACACACAUCUGAUGGACUUUUAAUCAAUGAAGCUUUACUACAUGGAGGUCCAAAAUGUCUCUUGGUAUUGUCCAAAUAUCUACCAACAAGGUUGUUUUUUUUUUCCCUCCUGGCCGGCAGAAUUAUUUUUUGUACAAACAGAAUGAGAGAACUCAUUUCC